GUAGUUGUGCUACGAGUCUCUGCAGCUUGGUCUACGAAUUUGUUUUUCUAAAAUAAACUACAGUAGUGGAAUCUGAUCGCUAUAGAAUAGAAAAAUAAUAUAAAAUACGAGUGAUAAUAUUUUACUAUAUAGUGAACUAAAAUUCUAUAAACGUAAUGUAAUGCCUAUUCGCAUUGUCCGCCAUAGGACAAACUGCAUAGUUUAUUAUUACGACAGUGUCGGUGUUUAACAAUUUUUAUCAUAGUGUACCAAUACAUUGAGAAAUGGCUAGUCCAUCUCCGCAAAGUAGUCCAAUGCCACCUCCACAGGCACCAAGUCCUAUGGGCCCACCGACUCAAAGUCCAGCACCACCGCAAUCGCCACAUAGCCCUUAUAACCAGCAACACGUUAAUGGGCCUCCGCCUCAUUCAACAGGACCCGGACAACCACCAAUGCCUAGUCACAUGUCACCCUCUGGACCAACGUCACAUCCAAUUGCUCAAAAUUCAAAUGGCCCUCCAGUGGUACCUCAGCAGCAUCCUGGAAUGCCACCGAGUGGUCAUCAAAUGGCUCCACACAUGGUGGGCCCACACAUGGCAGGACCCCCAAAUCAUCCUAUUCCCACAGCUGCCCACACACCAGGUCCCAAUGGACAUCCAAAUAUGCCAGGAAAUCCACCUCAUCCAAAUAUGCCAGGACAAGGACCCCCUAUUGGUUAUAUGCAGCAUCAAAUUGGACACAUGCAAUCUGGGCAGGGUCCCCUAUCGAUGGGUGGUGGUCCGCCUCCACCUGGCAACGGACCUCAGGGUCCUCCUGGUGGCGGUUCUUUGCCGCUGCAGGGUCCUCCGCAUGGCGUUCAUCCCCAAGGAAUGCCCCCGGGCGGGCCCGGGCACAUGCCUCCGCACCAUCCCAUGAUGCCGGGUCAGGGCCCGCCGCCGCACCCGCCCGGUCCGGCCUAUGGGCACGCGCCACCCGCGCCCGGGGCGCCCGCUCCCCCCGCGCCCCAGAACGUGCCCCAACAGGGUCAGCCCGGUGGACUCCCACACCCACCCGCAGCUCAGACGCCUCCCCACGGCCAGCCCCCGCCAUCAGCAAGCUCUGCUAAUGGAGCGCCGCCCGCCUCCUCACCUAUGCAGGGAUCUCUCCCUGCGCCUGGCCCAGACAAUCUUAACGCCCUCCAGAGGACCAUAGAUUCUAUGGAAGAGAAAGGGUUACAGGAGGAUCCGCGAUAUUCUCAAUUGCUCGCCCUGAGAGCGAGAUCUAGCAAUGCUCAAGACCCCAGCAAAGGACUCUUCUCGAACAAUCAGCUAUGUCAAUUGAGAGCACAAAUUUCGGCUUACCGAAAUCUCGCUCGCAACCAGCCGAUAUCGCAGCAGAUGGCUAUAAUGGCGAGCGGGAAACGCACCAGUGAGACGCCGCCGGAGUGUCCCACGCCGCCCGCGCAGCCCCCGUAUGGCGAGGGGCAAGGGCCGCAGGGCUCGUCGGGCGCGGGAAAGGCGGGUGGCGGCGCGGCCGGCGACGCGGCGCGCGGCGGUGGGGGGGCUCCGCCCCAGCCACUACCCAUGACUGGACAGAUGGCGCCGCCGACGCAGCCUACACCGCCCCUAGUCAAUCCGCCAAUGGGAGUAGCACCGCCUAUACGAGGAAGUGGCCCCCUACGACCACCAGGACCCGGUGCAACAGGAAUGCCUAACCAACAACAGCCUGGAAUUCCGAUGCCUGGUGCUAAACAAAAUCGCGUUACAAGUAUACCGAAGCCAGUUGGAAUUGACCCUCUACAAGUCUGGAAUGAGAGAGAAAAUAGGAUUGCAGCACGGAUAGCUCAUCGUAUUGAAGUUCUAUCUAAUCUACCGGCAAACAUUGCUGACGAUUUGAGAUUGCAAGCUCAAAUAGAACUAAGAGCCCUCCGCGUUCUUAAUUUCCAAAAACAAUUGCGGGCUGAGAUUUUAGGACAAGUUCGUAGGGACACCACCUUGGAAACGGCUGUCAACAUCAAGGCGUAUAAACGCACUAAGCGGCAAGGAUUGCGUGAAGCGCGUGCGACAGAGAAGUUAGAAAAGCAGCAGAAACUCGAAGCCGAAAGAAAACGACGCCAGAAACACCAGGAAUUCCUCCAAACUGUAUUGCAACAUGCUAAGGAUUUCAAAGAAUACCAUCGGAAUAACUUGGCAAAGUUAUCGCGUAUGAAUAAGUCUAUUAUGAACUAUCAUGCAAACGCCGAACGCGAACAGAAGAAAGAGCAGGAGCGUAUAGAGAAGGAACGUAUGAGGCGCUUGAUGGCGGAAGACGAAGAAGGUUACCGCAAACUGAUCGACCAAAAGAAAGACAAGCGGCUGGCGUUCCUGCUGUCCCAGACGGACGAGUACAUCGCCAGUCUCACGGAGAUGGUGAAACAACACAAGCAGGAGCAACGCAAGAAGCAACAAGAAGAAGAACGCAGGAAGAGAAAAUCCAGAAAAAAGAAGCUUCUAGAAGGUGGCGAGAUCGACGCUUUGGAUGACAGCUCUCAGACAUCCGAUUCUCGCGUUAGCGUGAUGGAUCCGAAAACAGGGGAGAUUCUGAAGGGCGAAGAUGCGCCUUUGCUGUCUCAACUGAAAGAUUGGAUGGAAACACACCCUGGGUGGGAAGUGCUGUCUGAUUCUGAAGACUCUGGAGAUGACAGCCAAGACGACGAUGAGAGGAGAGAAAGAAGGGAGAAGCAGAGAGAAGAAAGAGAGAGAGAGAAGACGGAAGAGGAGAAGGCCCGUGAUAUGAUCAAGAAGGCCAAGGUAGAAGACGACGAAUACAAAACGGAAGAACAGACAUAUUACAGCAUUGCCCACACGGUUCACGAAUCUGUUACAGAACAAGCCAGCAUUCUCGUUAACGGAAAAUUGAAAGAAUAUCAAAUUAAGGGUCUGGAAUGGCUGGUAUCAUUGUUCAAUAAUAAUCUAAACGGCAUUCUGGCUGAUGAGAUGGGUCUCGGCAAGACCAUCCAGACGAUUGCGUUGGUUACUUACCUUAUGGAGAAGAAGAAAGUAAAUGGACCUUUUCUCAUUAUUGUGCCACUGAGUACAUUAUCGAACUGGGUGCUGGAGUUCGAGAAGUGGGCGCCGACGGUGGUGGUGGUGUCGUACAAGGGGUCGCCGGUGUCGCGCCGCCUCGUGCAGGCGCAGAUGCGCUCCACCAAGUUCAACGUGCUACUAACCACGUACGAAUACGUCAUCAAGGACAAGGCGGUGCUGGCUAAGGUGCAAUGGAAGUACAUGAUAAUCGACGAAGGGCACCGCAUGAAGAACCACCACUGCAAGCUGACGCAGGUGCUGAACACUCAUUACGUGGCGCCGCACCGGCUACUGUUGACGGGCACUCCGCUGCAGAACAAACUUCCUGAACUGUGGGCGCUUCUUAACUUCCUGCUGCCUUCCAUAUUCAAGAGCUGCUCCACCUUCGAGCAGUGGUUUAACGCGCCCUUCGCCACUACCGGAGAGAAGGUGGAGUUAAACGAGGAAGAAACCAUCCUUAUCAUCCGUCGUCUGCACAAAGUGUUGCGGCCGUUCCUCCUGCGGCGGCUGAAGAAGGAGGUAGAGAGCCAGCUGCCCGACAAGGUGGAGUACAUCAUCAAGUGUGACAUGAGCGGCCUGCAACGAGUGCUCUACAAACACAUGCAGUCAAAGGGCGUCCUCCUCACAGACGGGUCGGAGAAGGGCAACAAGGGCAAGGGCGGGGCGAAGGCUCUCAUGAACACAAUCGUGCAGCUGCGCAAGCUGUGCAACCACCCCUUCAUGUUCCACCACAUCGAGGAGAAGUUUUGCGAUCACGUCGGCAGCGGCGGUGGUGUCGUCACUGGGCCAGAUUUAUACAGGGUUUCCGGAAAGUUUGAGUUAUUAGAUCGCAUAUUGCCAAAACUUAAACAGACUGGACACAGGGUGCUGGUGUUCUGUCAGAUGACGCAGUGCAUGACCAUCAUGGAGGAUUAUCUCUCCUGGAGGGGUUUCCAAUACUUGAGAUUGGACGGUAUGACCAAGGCCGAAGACCGUGGCGAACUGCUGAAGAAGUUCAAUGACGCUGAUUCUGAUUACUUCAUGUUCCUGCUGUCCACGCGCGCUGGAGGGCUCGGCCUCAACCUGCAGAGCGCCGACACCGUCAUCAUAUUCGAUUCCGACUGGAAUCCACAUCAGGAUCUUCAAGCGCAAGAUCGCGCGCAUCGUAUCGGGCAACGCAAUGAAGUGCGCGUACUGAGACUUAUGACCGUCAAUUCGGUCGAGGAAAGAAUUCUCGCCGCCGCCAGGUACAAAUUGAACAUGGAUGAAAAAGUUAUUCAAGCCGGUAUGUUCGAUCAAAAGUCGACGGGGUCUGAACGGCAGCAGUUCCUUCAAAGUAUUCUACAUCAAGACGGAGAUGACGAAGAAGAAGAAAACGAAGUACCAGAUGAUGAUCUGAUUAACGAGAUGAUAGCUCGAUCAGAGGAGGAAUUGGAAAUAUUCAAGAAAAUGGACCAGGAACGAAAGAAGACAGAGGCACAGUCGCGUCUCAUUGAAGAGUCAGAACUUCCCGACUGGCUUGUGAAGGACGAGGAUGAAGUUGUCUGCAAUAAGGGUCAAGGCUGGAACUACUUGGAGGAAGACGAGUCGCUGGGGCGCGGCUCCCGGCAGCGUAAAGAGGUGGACUAUACCGACUCGCUCACCGAGAAGGAGUGGCUCAAGGCCAUCGACGAGGAGUUCGAAGAGGAAGAGGAGGACGACGACGAUGACGAGGUCCUUGACAAGAAGAGGAAGAGGGGUCGGAAGCGACGUCGUAACCAAGAGGAUUCAGAAGAUGAAGAGAUGCCGUGCUCGUCGAAAAAGAAAAGUAAAACAGAAGUCAACCAACAGAAGAAACGAUUGAAGAAUAUAAUGAAAAAAGUCAUUGAUUAUACAGAUGAGGGAGGACGCGUGCUUUCGGAGCCUUUUAUGAAACUACCCUCAAGGCGGGAACUACCAGAUUACUAUGAUGUUAUCAAGAAGCCUUUAGAUAUCAAAAAGAUUAUGAACAGAAUUGAAGAUGGCAAGUACAACGAUAUUUCGGACCUAGAGCGCGAUUUUUUCACGCUUUGUUGUAACGCGCAGACUUACAAUGAGGAAGCCUCAUUGAUUUACGCAGAUUCCGUGCGUCUACGUAACGUGUUUAUCGAAGUGCGUCGCCGUUACGAAAACGGACAGAAUUCAGACGACUCUGAUGAAAACGAAAAAGUUUCUUUACUGCUCUCCUGAAUGACAGAAUGCGCGCAGCGCUUAUAGAGCUCGGUUGUAUCUACAGUCAGCGAAUGUUUGCCGAUCGCUUCACGACGCCCCUAGGACAUUGGCGCGACGUCACAGGGCGUCGCGACGCACAGUUAGGGAAGCACUGCUAGGUAAUGUAUAUAAUACCUGAAUCAUACAGAUUACCGGUGACAGAUAUACUAAUUCAUGUCGUGAUUUAUUGACAUUUGAGUUGAUUGGUGACAGAAGAACUUCUGUUAUAAUUAGUUCGAAGGUGUAAAUAUCUUCAUAAGCUGGAGUUAUAUUAUACUAGCAGCCACCCGCGGCCAGCCAGCCAGCCACUCAUGAUUUUUAUCACGACCAAAAUGGCUUUGGCCUAUUACCAGACACAUGAAAAGCGUUUUAGCAAGACUAACAACCCACGGAGUGGUUUUUACCAACACUUGCUUUGCAUGGAUGGAAGAGGGAGAUUCCACGAACCGCCACGCGGCCCAGUGCAGAUUAGUUGGAGCUAACGACUGUAAAUGCAGUGCGGGACCUACGUCUAACGUAGCUUACGAAGCAAGGGGAGCUCAAUAUAAUAAUUUCUGUUGCCGCUAUAACAAAAAAUACUAAAAAUAGAAUAAAUUAAAUAUUUAAGAGCUGAUGUGAGCUGAGAGACAUUUUAGGAAAAGGCUUAUACCGUGUGAUAGGGGCAACAGUAGUUAACACUGAAAAUUGCGUAAAAUAAUUGCAAUAUUCGAGGUGCCACAUCUCGACGAUUUCCUCCUUGAAAAUU